AUGCUGCUUCGAACACUGUACCUGUGGUUGGUGCUCUUGAUAAGCAGCGCUACGGCGUCGCAGAAACACUUGAAGACGUCCUCGUUGCUGACAUGCAUGGACAACUCGCAGUUCACCGCGUCUUUCUUCGACGUUAAGUUCUACCCGCACAACAAGACCGUUAUCUUCAAAGUCGACGCAUCUACAAUCAUCAACGGUAAGAUCGUGGUCAAGGCAGAGCUGAUCGCUUACGGGCUGAAAGUGCUCGACAAGACCUUCAACCUGUGCUCCUUGAACGAGGUCUCCCUGUGCCCGCUCGCGAGCGGGAGAAUAGACGUCUCCUCCUCCUACCAGAUAGACAGCGACGUCACUGACCAGAUCCCCGGCAUCGCUUACACCAUUCCGGACCUCGACGCCCAGAUCAGAGUCGUCGCUUACUCGGAGGACGACACGGACUACAAGACCCCGCUCGCGUGCGUGCAGGCAAUCCUGAGCAACGACAAGACCGUCCAGACCAAGUACGCCUCCUGGCCCAUCGCAGCGGUCUCAGGCCUGGGUCUGCUGACCGCCGGUUUCGUCUCAGUGAUCGGCUACAGCGCCACCUCCGCGCACAUCGCCUCCAACUCCAUCUCCCUUUUCAUAUACUUCCAAAACCUCGCCAUCACAGCAAUGAUGGGUGUCUCCCGUGUACCCCCCAUGGCCGCCGCUUGGACCCAGAACUUCCAGUGGUCAAUGGGUAUCAUCUCCGUCGAGUUCAUGCAGAAGGCGCUCGACUGGUACAUCCAGGCCACCAACGGUGUCUCAACAGUGGUGGUCUCCAACAAGGACAUCCUGUCCAUCAGUGUCCAGCGGAGAGCAUGGAACCUGCUGAAGAGAGGUAUCUCCGUCGCCUCCUCAAGCGACUCAAACUUCGACUCUAUCCUGGACGACUCCCAAUUGUACACCACAAAUGAAAGAAACACAGAAAACUACUCAAACAAGAUCCUGGUCCUGAGAGGCAUACAAAGAGUGGCAUUCAAAGCCAACAUCGAGUUGUCAAAUUUCUUCCUGACGGGUGUCGUGUUCUUCUUGUUCUUUGUCUUCUGCUUGAUCAUAGGUCUGAUCUUCUUCAAAGCGCUGCUGGAACUCUUGACAAGAGCUAAGAUCCUACCUGAAACUUCAAACUUUUUCCAAUACAGAAAGAACUGGGGUAGUAUCAUCAAGGGUACCUUGUUUAGACUUGCUAUUAUCGCAUUCCCCCAAAUUACACUGCUAACGAUCUGGGAAUUCACACAAAGAGAUUCUCCAGCAGCUGUGGUUGAUGCGGUAGUUAUGUUCCUGAUUGUCACAGGUCUGUUGAUAUAUGGAACCACAAGGGUGUUUAUCAAAGGUAGAGAGUCUCUGAGAUUAUACAAGAACCCUGCAUAUCUACUGUACAGUGAUACAAACUUUUUAAACCGUUACGGUUUCUUAUAUGUGCAGUUCAAGGCAGAUACUUUCUGGUGGUUAUUGCCUUUGUUGACCUACGCAUUUUUUAGAUCCCUAUUUGUUGCUGUUCUGCAAACUCACGGUAAAGCUCAGGCUAUGAUCAUAUUUUUGAUCGAGCUAUUUUAUUUCGUUGCCCUUUGCUACUACCGCCCAUACUUGGAUAAAAGAACUAAUGUUUUCAAUAUCGCCAUUCACCUGGUGAACUUCAUCAAUGCUUUAUUCUUCCUGUUCUUCAGUAACCUGUUCAAACAACCAGCAGUUGUCUCAUCUGUUAUGGCUGUGAUAUUGUUUGUGUUAAAUGCCGCAUUUGCUUUGUUCUUGCUAGUAUUCACCAUAAUCACAUGUACACUAGCAUUGUUGCACAGGAACCCAGACGUUCGCUACCAACAGAUGAAGGACGACCGUGUUUCCUUUAUUCCAAAGAUUGUCAAUGGUAAUAGUGGUUACUUCGGUGGCGAUAAGAAGAAUGGGUCGGAGGCUGAAUUAUUUGAAUUGAAACAGGCUGUCAUGGACACAAAUGAAACUGAGCAAGAGAAGAUGAUUAGAGAUGAUACAUUUGUUAGGACAAAUAAUGCAACUGGUAACAGGGUACUGUUUGAUGACGAAUUCAGUACGUAUACUACCUCAUCUCAAUCUAACAGAGUAAGAUCGUACAGUAAUAACGAUGAUCCACAGCCUCUUGAACCUGCCUCUGCAGUUACGGGAGCUCAAAAUUUAUCCAAUUAUAAUAAUCACGGCUAUUUGAAGGUUCCAUCUCAAAAUGCUAGUGGAGCCACUAAGAACGACAACUUGCGGAAGCCAGAGACCAGUUUCUUCUCAGGUAAGAACCAGUCUUUUUCCCGUGACGACGGCUCUUUCUUGUGA